UUUAUGACCAUUACUAGCACUGGUUACCAUGGCAACAAGGCUAAUGACAAUGACAGAGACCGGGUUUCCUGGGUGGGUCCCCCAUACGGGGGUGGCAUGAGGCAUGGGCUGGGAGCCCGGACUCUGGGGUUCUCUGCUGGCCGGGGGAGGGGAAUGGAUUAGAGAUGGGGCCAGGACUCAUGGGCUCUGGAGUCAGCUCUGGGGGAGGGAAGCCUAGCGGUCAGAGCAUGGGUGCCUAGCAUGGAGAAAUGAGAAAAACCCUCAGUGGCUCCAAGCUCUGCCCAGCGGGUCCAGUCUACGGGACCUCCGACGGGAACCCAUCGCUGCCGGGAAACCAGACCCUCAGCUGCAGGGGCACCAUGGACCAAGGCAACCCCACCCUCCCAUCAACCACAGAGGCAAACUCCAGCCAGAGCCCAGCAGCUUUGAGCCCCGCUCACCUGGCCACGGCCGUGUUGCUCUUCAUCACCUUCCUGGUGGGUGUGGUGGGGAAUGGGCUGUACCUGUGGGUGCUGGGGCUGAAGAUGAGGAGGACGGUGACCACGCUCUGGUUCCUCCAUCUUCUUUCCUGCUACCUCCUCUUCACCCUGCUGAUCCCCUUCUUCGCUGUCUACAUCCUCCUGGGUUUCCACUGGGUCUUCGGCACGGCCAUGUGCAAACUCCUCAACACCUGCAUCUCCGUGGGCAUGUUCUCCUGCGUCUUCCUGCUCACCCUCAUCAGCCUGGACCGCUACAUCCUCACUCACCAUCCCGUCUGGUCCCAGAAUCACCGCACUCUGACCCAUGCUAGGAAACUUGUCGUGGGCGUGUGGCUGGUCUCCUUUGCUCUCAGCGCUCCCUACCUGGCUUUCCGGGAGACCCGCAUGGUGGAUGGGGGCAGAAUCGCCUGCGUCAACAAUUACAAUAUCUCCAGAAACUGGAAUGGAACCAAGAGAUGGGAUCUGGAGAGAGGG